GCCUCCGCUGCCCUUAAAGCACGACAGAAGCGGAGGGACGGAGGUGUGGACGCCGCUGAAGCCUUCCCGCUGAACCGCCGGGCGCUGGAGGUCAGGGCGCAAGAUCCGGCCCUGGGAUCGAAGGGGAGCACGAUGUCUCUCUACAGCUCCUUAUUGAUUCCAACUCGCCUGGUGCUGAAGGCCUCGAAGGCCAUGAUUGGGCUGGGGAUGUACAGCCUGGCUUGCCUUUCGGCUGCCUUCAACCUCUCCUGGGCACUCUGGCUGCUGCUGACCAGGGGCCCCCGGUGGGUGUUUCACAAGAGAACGCGGGAGGCGCCCCCCAGCUGCCUCACGGACACCACUUAUGGGGAACACCGCUACCUGACCCUCAAGCACUCAGGGCUGCGCCUCCACUAUGUCAUCGCAGGCCAAGAAGGUGCACGGCUCAUGCUUUUCUUGCAUGGCUUUCCUGAGAACUGGUUUAUGUGGCAUCAUCAACUGAAGGAAUUUAAGCAAGCAUUCAAGGUGGUCGCCAUUGAUCUCAAGGGCUUUGGUUUUUCCGAUGCACCUCCUGGUCUUGAACACUAUAAGAGGGAUGUCUUGAUGGAAGAUAUACGAAGUGUUGUUGAAGCCCUGGGAUCCAGCAAGAAGGAUGCAUCUGCUAAGUGCAUCCUGUUAGGGCACGACUGGGGUGGAUGCCUUGCCUUUGAAUUUGCUGCCACAUACCCAAACAUGGUGGAGAAACUAGUUGUCUUGAACGGUGUUCAAUCACAUGUUCUAGCAGAAUACAUGCCCCGGCAUCUCAGCCAGCUGCUGAAAAGUGAAUACAUGUUCCUGUUCCAGCUUCCCAAACUGCCAGAGUUCCUGCUGUCUUUGGAUGACUUUCUUUACAUAAAGCAGCUUUUCACCAGCAAGAAGAAGGGAAUCCAGAAUCCAGAUCAUUAUCUGACAGAAGAAAAACUGGAUGUUUAUCUAUAUAGUCUAUCUCAGCCUGGCCGAUUAACACCACCUCUGAAUUACUACAGGAACAUAAUCAGCUGGCGCCUUCCAAAGAGCAAGGAUAUCUUGAUGCCUGUGUUGCUGCUCUGGGGAAAGAAUGAUGGAUUCCUGGAACCAGGAUUGGCUGAACUGAUGAAGCAGCACAUGCGGAGUGGCGUCCAGGUGCACAUGAUCCCUAAAUGCAGUCACUGGGUAGCUGAGGAUCAACCUGAAGAAAUCAAUCACCUGAUAGGGUCUUUCCUUCUGGAGAAAGGAGCCGAUGAAGGAAAGGAGUAGCUCCUCCACCAACUGGAGGCUUCCUCCUAUUUGGUAUGCAGAAACUCACAAUAACAGCAACUCAGCCUGACCCUUUUUCUGCGGAGUGUUGCUGCUCUUUCUUGGACCUCACUCCCAUAUUAAUAAUUGACUUUGCUUCAUGCUCACAUUCUCUUGCACCUCAAUAAAGACUACCUAACCUGCACCCAGCUUUUUGGGAGGCAGGUGUCACAACUUCGGACCACAGGGAGUUGUAUUUUACCAGAGGCCUCCUGACUCACCUCCGCUUUGGUGGGAGGUAUGAACGCUCUUGCAAGAGGGAGUGAUUCUUUCUUGGUUCCUUGACAGCCAAAUCCUGAACAAACAGGAUUCCUGACAUUCCUUUUCAGAGACAAGCCACUGCCUUUGCAAACUGCUCCAUAGGUCCCUGUGGGAAGAACCUGCUGGUUUGGGUGAUCCGGAAAGGGAAUUUUAAUUUUGAUUGGAACAUGUGCGUCAGAUCUGAUCUUUCCAGUGCCUAAGAUCUGAAGCCAAAAGAGAAUGGAGUGAAAAUAUUCUCCAGAAAUAAUAUAAGGGAUAGAACGAGGGCACCUCAGAAAUGAGUCAGACUAGUGCUGCGAAAUGGUAAAGAAUGGAUCUGUCGACUGCGGGGACACAAUUUAGUGCUUGGCUGAAAAUAGCAACUUCAAAGCCAAACGUAACCAAGGAGGCCCAAUCAUUAACAGAGAAAUGGUGUGUACCCUAAUUUAGAACAUUUUCCUGAAAAGAGCCCUGUAACUGUUUUCUUUCACAGUCAUGGCAGCCAAGUUAAGCACACUUCUUUUCACACAGAAAUACUUUCAUAUAUAGAUUGGCCCUCAAUGAACAUCUAAUCAGAUGAAAACAUCUUCCUGGUAGUUUAAUCAUCGAGUUUAACACCUGCAGAGGUUGGAAAUGCCGCUCUUUAGGUAACAGUGCCCUGACUUCCUCUCACAAAAUGACGGUAGAGUAUGGGAAUUACUGUCCAAAAAAAUUCAACAUUUUCAAGAGUGCUGGGAAAGAUUCGGCUUGAUCUAUUCUACCAUUCCUGCCACCACUGUAAAGGAAAUGUUUAGGGAUAAUGUGCUGGCAUGCAUCACUUAAUAAAGCUUCUGACGAACUCAUUUUUAAAACAAA